AUGGACUUAACAGUUCCUGGAGGAAAUGGUGGUGGUGGUUCAAGUGAUGAACAUAACCGUGAAGAUGCAUCAAACCCAAGAAGAGGCCAAAAGCUUUAUCAUCGUCACUCUGCCGAUAUCAUCCAACACCUUGAAGCGUUUUUUAUGGAGAACCAACAUCCAAAUGAAAGCCAGAGACAACAGUUAAGUAGGGACCUAGGGCUUGACCCAAGACAAAUCAAGUUUUGGUUUCAAAAUAAGAGAACACAAACAAAGGCUAACAUUGAAAGAGUAAGCAAUGUGACUCUAAGAAUAGAGAACCAACAUCUUCAUUAUGAGAACAUGGCAAUGCAUGAAGCCAAGGCCCAUCUUUUGUGCAACAAAUGUGAAGGUUUAUGUCAUGGCGGUAGCAAAGAAGCCAGCCAUCAAUACCUACAAACGUUAAAAAAUGAAAAUGAAUUUUUGCAAGGAGAGUGUGAAAGAAUUCAAAGAAUGAUAGCAAACACUCAAGGAAGAAAAGAUGGUCUAAACUCUAGGCCUUUGUCAAACAACAUUCCUAAUGAAUUCGCUGCAAAUUUUGGGAAGAGAAUCAUAGGAGGAGAAAACCCUAGCAAUAGCAAUACAUUAUUUGGUAUCGAUCUACCAAAUAUCUUGGGGUUAGGAAAGCAAACUGUAGAUCACCAGAAUCAGUUUCCUAAUAUACAAGAUAUGGAACAAUCUGUGUUUGUUACUAACGCUACUCAGGCAAUGGAUGAACUGGUUUUACUUGUCACUACGUAUGACCCAAUAUGGAUUAGAUCUCCAAUUGAUGGGUCAUUCAUGAUUCACCAUGAGAUCUACAAGAUGCUUUAUCCAAAAAUGAUAUACGUUAAUUCUCCAACGACUUGGAUUGAAUCAUCAAAAGAAUCAGGGGUUCUGCUUGUGUCAGCUUCACACUUGCUUAAUGUCUUUCAUGAUCCGGGGAAUAUUAUGGACUUUUUCCCUACAAUUGUCACUGAAAGUAAAAAGAUCGAAACACUUGAUACCCUAGGCCAGGAGGGUACUUUAUAUUUGAUGCAUGAGAAGUUGCACGUGCUUUCGCCCUUGGUGUCACCUCGUGAAUUUAUUUUCUUUCGAUACAUAAGGCAAAUAAGUUCAACAAGAUGGAUCAUAACACAAUUUUCAUAUGAUUUCUUCAAGGAAGUAGACCCUUCAACUUCACAGGCAUGGUUGCUACCAUCAGGUUGCAUGAUCGAGGACUUGUCCAAUGGAACAUCAAGGGUGACUUGGGUAGAACACAUCCACGUGGAUGACAAAUCUCAUCAAUUAUACAAGGACAUAGUUCGUAAUACCCAAGCUUAUGGAGCCAAGCGAUGGGUUGCGUCUUUAGAAAGAAUGUGUGAACGUAUUGCAUUUUCAGCUGGACUGGGAGCUACACCAAUGAUCAAUACAGCACAAAGUAGAGCAGCCAUGGGAAAGAUUUCGGAUAAAAUGGUGAAAACGUUUCAUCAGAUGUUAAGUAUGCAAGAGAAAUGUUUGGAUUCUCCCCAGUUGUCAGAAUUUCAGAACAAUGGGUUUAAAGUUUCAUUAAGGAGAUACGAUAAUCAUCCUUCAGCAGCUGGAGCCAAUGGGAUGGUGGUAUGUGCUGCUGCUUCCUUGAGGAUCCCAACUUACUAUGAAAAUCUGUUUAAUUUCUUGAAAGAUGACCAAGCCAGAGCUCAGUGGGAAAUUUUUUCCAAUGAAAAUCCCAUUGAAGAAAUCGCACACAUCCCUACUGGAAGUCAUCCGGGAAAUGCCAUCGUCCUCAAGCAGCUUUGUACUAGUACAAAGGAGAAUAGCAACAUGUUAAUACUUCAAGAAAGUAACAUAGACGCAUUGGGAGCUUCACUGACUUACGCUCCUCUUAAAUUCUCCACGGUGACGUCCAUAAUAUGUGGUGUCGACAAUCCCAAUAUUCCAAUAAUACCCUCUGGCUUCAUCAUUGCAAAUGAGUCUCAUCGUGGAGUUGAUGGUGGUGGACUUAGUCUCGAUGGAACUUCUACUUCUGCUUCUUCGAGUGGAUCAGGAGGCGGAAUGUCAUCGUUGUUGACAUUGGUUUCGACGACCCUGAUGUUUAAUAGUGCUGAGGAAUCAAACAUGAUGGAUUAUAUUGCUGCUACUUAUUCACUCAUGAACUCUACCAUUGAAAAGAUCAAGAUAGCCAUUGGAGUUGAUGGCGAGUGA